ACGUCGAAGUGCCAUGGAUGAGGAAUUCCGAGAAUUCAAAACCGUUAAUGGCGCGGGGAGAAGUGGAGGGGCAUGUCACGUGACUUACGCAGAUUAAGCAUGCGCAGAUACUGAGGUUACUCAGGAACGUAUCAAACAAAUCAAAUAUUCACUUUUUAUAUAUCUACAUUUUACGACGUUUGGCAUUGUCUUUAUAUUAUUACAAUGAAAGAUUUGUCCGCACUUGGAAGAUUUUUCAUAAUUUUGGACACCUAUGCCAAUCUCAGAAAGCACAAUAGAGCAUAUUAAAAUGGCUUUUGAGGCAUAUAUAACCACUGAAUUAAUAGAUUGGAUAUUAUUGAAAGAAGAUUUAAAAUAUUUACCAACUGAAAUAGAAGUACAUGUAGCACCUAUGAUUGAUGUAUUACAAAGAGUUAGCAUGCAAAAAUUAGAAAGAACAACAAACUGGAUAAAUAAGUCUUUAAUUAGAAUAGAAGCUUGUUUAGAUCGUACAUGGCAACUGUUGAAUUCAGGUCACUGGAAAGAUGUUCCAUUAUCGUACAGAUAUAGUUAUUCUUUUUGUAGCCUGUUAAAGGUAAUAUUGUUAGAAAUUGAACAUGAACAAAACAAAGAAAAAUCUACAGAUACGGAAAUACAAGUUUUACAAGAAAUUAUUCAACAAAUUGAUAAAGGUAUUCUAUUAGGUGCUCCUUUACCAAAUAAGCCGCCAUUACUUACAUCGAUUGCUUCAAAAAUAAAUAAUCAUUACACUAAAUUUGUCAGAUCACUUAAUGCAAAAAAGAUAGAAAUUGAUUACAGUAAAGUUUCUCAAUUAUUGCUACCUGAAUUUUUACAAAUUAAUCGAUAUAGAAUACCUUCUAUGGAAUCAUUUUAUAAAGACAUUUUUAUACCAAAAGUUCCAGCCAUAAUAACAGAUUCUAUGAAGCAUUGGAAUGCCUUACAUUUAUGGCAGGAUAUUAAUUAUCUAAAUAAGAUUGCUGGAAGUCGCACUGUGCCUAUUGAAAUAGGAUCUCGUUACACAGAAGAAGAUUGGAGCCAAGAUUUGAUUACAUUUUCAGAAUUUUUACAAUCUCAUAUAAUUAAAAAUACUCCAAAAGUUGGUUAUUUGGCUCAACAUCAACUUUUUGAUCAGAUACCAGAACUAAAAAAUGAUAUAGUUGUACCAGAUUAUUGUUCUUUUUCUGAUAAAGAAGAUUCAGAAGUUGAGCCACCAGAUAUAAAUGCAUGGUUUGGGCCGGCUGGAACUGUAUCACCCUUACAUUUUGAUAUUAAAAAUAAUUUAUUGUGUCAGGUUUUUGGUUAUAAAAGAAUAUUUUUAUAUGAUUCAUCUGAUUCUAUAAAUUUAUAUCCCUAUGAUACAAAAUUACUUUAUAAUACAGCGCAAGUAGAUCCCCUUAAACCUGAUUACAUAAAAUGGCCAGAUUUUAAAAAAGCGAAAGGUUUUAUGUGUUACUUAGGACCAGGAGAAAUGUUAUAUAUACCACCAAAUUGGUGGCAUCAUGUAACUGCACUUACACCAAGUUUUUCAGUUAGUUUUUGGUGGACUUAAAGGUAAAGAAGGAUAUUCUUCAUCAAUCUUGCAAUGAAUACGACAUGUUGGACAUGAUUCAUCUUGUUGAAACCAUUCUUUAAUACACUAAAAUAUAUAUUAUUUAUGUGUAUAAUAUUUUUGGUAUGCACUUUUUAAGCUAUAUUUACUUAUUAUUAUAAAGUUUGGUUACUGAUAUGAUGUUAUAUACCGUACCUUUUUAUGGAAUUUAUGUUGACAUUC